AUGCUCAGCCCUCUCGUUUUCUCUGGUAUUCGCAAGCACACUCUCUCCGAGUCCCUUGUGCGUCGAAUACAGAACAUCGGCAACGUGAACGAGACCAUCAACAACAUCUCGCAACAGUUCCAGGCCGAGUUCCUCGACCAGUUGCGGACAAGCCACCGAGAGAAAAGCGUGCAUUCGAACCGCUUUUACCAGACCUACAUCGCCAACAAGCAUCACACUCAUCUUAACGCAACGCGUUGGCAUUCGCUCACCGACUUCGUCAAGUUUCUCGGCCGCGAAGGGCUCUGUCGCGUCGAGGAGAAGGACGAUGGUCUGUUCAUCGCCUGGAUCGACCGUUCGCCGGAAGCCCUUCGCCGAGCAGCGGACUCGAGGAAGAGAGACCAGGCCGAGGCAGCCGAUCAGAUGAGGGAGGAAGACUUGAUCCAAGCACAGAUCGCAAGGGCGCAAGCACAAACUAAGGUUACUGCCACGGCUGCCGCGCCCGAGUCUGCCUCCACGUCUUUCGAACCCGGCCGUACUGUUGGUUUUCAACUGCCAGCCAGUCGCGGCUCGAAAGAAGAGAGUAAAAUGAGUCAAGGAAAGAAGUCCCUUAAUGUUUUCAAGACAGCCAAGCAGCCGAUGAAGAGGAAACGGACUGAUUCACCAGUUUUCGUGGCUCCAACUUGA